CCAAACUAUAUGGUUGCUAGCUUGCCAUUGAAAAAGACGCUGCGCUGUUUUAGACUUAGUUUUGGCGAUUCACCUUAUUUGCCAUUUCUAAAAUAUAUUGAUUGGUAAUUUCUGGGAAAAACUGAAUUAUGAGUCAGCGACAGGUUUUACAAGUUUUUGAACAGUACCAGAAGUCCAGAACACAAUUUGUGCAGUCAAUUGCUGAGCUUGCAACAAGACCACAAAACAUCGAGACUUUGCAAAAUGCAGGUGUAAUGUCCCUUUUGAGGCCUCUGCUGUUGGACGUGGUCCCAACUAUUCAGCAGACAGCAGCCUUGGCUCUGGGGAGGCUUGCCAACUACAACGAUGACCUAGCUGAAGCAGUUGUAAAGGGAGACAUUCUUCCACAGCUUGUGUACUCCUUGGCGGAACAGAACCGGUUCUAUAAGAAGGCAGCGGCGUUUGUGCUGAGGGCUGUGGCCAAACACUCCCCGGAGCUGGCCCAGGCUGUGGUGGACUGUGGCGCGCUGGACGCUUUGGUCAUCUCUCUGGAGGAGUUCGACCCAGGGGUCAAGGAGGCUGCAGCCUGGGCGCUGGGCUAUAUCGCCCGCCAUAACGGAGACCUGUCCCAGGCGGUGGUGGACGCGGGGGCCGUGCCUCUCCUGGUGCUGUGCGUCCAGGAGCCCGAGGUGGCCCUGAAGAGGAUCGCGGCCUCCAGCCUGAGCGACAUCGCCAAGCACUCCCCCGAGCUGGCCCAGACCGUGGUGGACGCUGGAGCCAUCGCCCACCUGGCCCAGAUGAUCCUCAACCCGGACGCCAAGCUGAAACGGCACGUGUUCUCGGCCCUCAGCCAGAUCGCCAAGCACUCGGUGGACCUGGCGGAGAUGGUGGUGGAGGCGGAGAUCUUUCCCGCGGUGCUGGGCUGUCUGAAGGACCCGGACGAGUACGUGAAGAAGAACGUGGCCACGCUGAUGCGCGAAAUCACCAAGCACACGCCCGAGCUGUCCCAGCUGAUCGUGAAUGCGGGUGGCGUCGCUGCCGUGAUAGACUACGUCGGGGACUGCCGGGGCCACGUGCGGCUGCCAGGGAUCAUGAUGCUGGGAUACGUGGCGGCGCACUCCGAAAACCUGGCCAUGGCCGUCAUCGUGUCCAAGGGUGUGCCCCAGUUGGCGAUCUGCCUGUCGGAGGAGCAGGAGGAGCACAUUAAGUCUGCGACUGCCUGGGCGUUCGGGCAGAUCGGGAGGCACACGCCGGAGCACGCUCGUGUCAUCGCCGUGGCUAACGUCCUGCCCAAGCUGCUGAUGCUCUACAUGGACACAGAGAGCUCAGAGGACCUGCAGGUCAAGGCUAAGAAGGCACUGAAGAGCAUACUACAGAAGUGCACUUACCUGCCUGCGUUGGAACCGCUGCUGCACGAAGCCCCCAGUAACAUCCUCAAGCACGUGGUCUGUCAGUUCAGCAAGGUCCUUCCCCAUGACAGCAAAGCCCGCCGUCUGUUCGUCACCAGCGGGGGGCUGAAGAAAGUGCAGGAGAUCAAGGCCGAGCCCGGGACCGCACUCCGCGAGUACAUCAGCGCCAUCAACAACUGCUACCCCGAGGAGAUAGUCAGAUACUAUUCCCCAGGUUACUCAGAGACGCUGCUGGACAGAGUGGAUAAAUAUCAGCCAGUUUAAAGUUGUUUUUUUGUUAAAUAGUGGAUGUUUUAACUAAUCUCAACACAUCUUGUGACUGCAUUUGUAACUGGUUGCACCAUAAGCCACAAAUUCGUCAACUGAAAUGAUGCAUUGUCUUGUUCGUAUCGAUGUGCAAGCAAUAUUUCAUUAUCGACUAGUGAUGAAGUUAUCUGCUCGAUGUUUGUCCAGAAUAAUUUUUUGUGAUAAACUUUAGUGAGGCUUUUAUAAUUAUAGCCAACAUUUUAUGUAGUUUUCAGAUUAAAAAAACAAAAAAACAAAACAAACAAAUAAAUAAACAAACAGGAUGAGAUUCUUCAUGUUCUGACGGUAAAUUCAACAGACUUCAUUGAUGUUUUCCUGGCAU